AUGGCCUCGACUCAAGGAAAUGGUGGUCGGAAGUCUGAAUGGAUAGAGAAACUUGAGAGUAUGCCCCACUUGAACUACAAUUUUCUUGAAGGAAUCGUCGAUGUGCCGUAUGGGUUUAUCAUUCGUGGGACUAAUUCCAGACUGUAUCUUCGUACAGAGCAUUGCAAAACUGCUGGCCUUGGAACCCCGGUGUACACAUUGUUCUCCGAUCGUCGAGGAGGUCGGACAGCUUGGAGCUCCAGCGUGAAGGUACAAGGUAGAGCAUAUUCUGCGCGGUACUGGUACGAUGGGAACUUCACCAUUAACGCCAAACACGACGCUGCAGAGGUAGCUCUCACGCUCCUGACCUACCAACAGCAACCUCAAGCUGGCAGCGAAGCUCUUCCCGGAAAGGUGUGGCCGUAG